AAUGGAUCAUAUAUAUUUAGAUAUGUUUAAAUUUUGUAUAGUUAUUUGGUUAAGUUUGUAUGGAUCGUGGUUUAUAUUGGGACAGAUUGUGUUUUCAAUAUAUCAAACAUUACUUUUAAUUAUUGCAAUUUUCAUAGGCCUACUGUUUUUAAAAUUACAACCUCCUGAUAAAAAAUAUGUUGAAGAAAUUAUUGGGCGUGAUCCAUGUGAAGAUGACGAUGGUUCGUUGUUUAUACGCACAAUUGCACAUCGUGGUGCUGGUUUGGAUGCACCCGAAAAUACAUUGGCUGCAUUUAAAAAUUGCAAAAAUAAAGGCUGUAUCUGUAUCGAGCUAGAUCUAAGUAUCACCACGGAUGGAGUUCCAAUUGUCUUCCACGAUAACGACCUAUUAAGAUUGACGGGAAAGAAUACUAAACUAAAAGAUCUACGAUGGAAUGAAUUAAGUAAAAUUGACUUAUCACAAAAACAUCCACUAAAAGAGCGUUUCCCAAAUACAAAAAUUGCAAAAUUUGACGAUGCAAUGGAAUAUAUUAUGGAUUCGGAUAUUCGAGUUAUUAUCGAUUUGAAAGAUACGAAUGAAACCGCACUUAAUGUAAUACAGGAUACAUUUAAAAAACGACCUAAAUUAUAUCAAAGAGCCUUGGUCUCUGGAUUUAAUCCAUUUGCCUUGUAUAAGGUUCGUCGUACUAAUCCAAAAAUAGCAUGCUCAAUGGCAUAUCGACCAUAUUUCUUCUCACAUGGAAGUUAUUCUGCCUUAACUGGACCAGCCGAACGUCGAUCGAAAAAUUUUGUAGCUCAUCGAUGUAUGCUGAUAUUGGAUUCAUUAUGGGAGUAUUUACAUCCAUGGGUGGCUGAAAUGAUUGGACUUUCAGUUAUAUUGUUACAUAAAGAUGUGAUUAGCAUGGAGAGAGUAAGAUUUUGGCGUAGUCGAAAUAUACGUGUAAUGGCAUGGACUGUAAAUCAACCAGCCGAAAAAUUAUACUGUGCAAAAUGUCUAAAAAUAACCUAUUUAACCGAUACAUUUAUCGGGGAAACAACAGCACAUAAUAGUAAUAACGAUCAAUUAAUUGCAAAUCUAGUACAUAAUAAUUCAUCGUCGAGUAAUAAAAGCCUAAUAAAUGAAAGCAUAAGUAAUCAUAUUAUUAAUUCGACUGUUAACGAAAGCAACGAAGAUUCAAAAACUAAAUAAAUGAAUUCGGGCCGAUCAAUUGGUUUUCUGUAGAACAAAGAUACAAAUAAAAGUAAAACUUUUUCGAUACCAAAAAUUAGUUUUAAGUUAUUUAAAUAAUAAUGAAAUAAAUAUACAU